AUGACGGAAACAGGACCACCGAAGAAAUCUUAUACUGGGGGCGAGGCUCUCGGUGCACAAACAAGCCUUCUCUCUAGGAGCGAUGAAGAGGCCUCUUUAGAUUUAGCUUCAGCCAUUGAGGUACCAAUGGCGACCGGGAAUUCCCACAAACUUACCUUCCUCGAUGGCUACUCGUUGCUCGUGAGUUUCCAGAUAGGCUCGGGAUUAUUCUCUUCCCCGUCGCAGAUAAACAACAAUGCAGCGUCCCCGGGUGCGGCAAUUCUUGUCUGGGCGGGUGCCGGUCUACUUGCGUGGGCAGGUGCGGCAUGUUUUGCAGAACUCGGAGCAGCAAUACCGGUCAAUGGUGGAAUGCAGGAGUAUCUCCAAUACAUCUACGGAGACUUCGCAGCACUGCUCGUAUCGUUCACUUGGAUCGCUGCAGUGAAACCAUGCUCCAUGGCCAUUCUUAGCCUUAUUUUCGCCGAAUAUUGGACCCGUGCGAUUUUUGGGGGUGGGGAGGACACUUUCUGGUUGGACAAGUCAUUGGCUAUCUUCGCGCUUGCCUCUCUCACUUUGUUCAACUCUGUCAGCACCAAGGCUUCGUCCAAUCUCAAUGGGACGUUUUCUUUCCUAAAACUUACGACGGUGGGGAUCAUCGCAAUGCUCGCUAUCCUCGCCAUGUUUACUGGAUUGAAUGCUGAAGGAGCCGGACCCAGUGUGGACUGGAAGACUCGAAAUUGGUUUGCGAAUAGACCCACAGAAGCGGAGGGCCACCGCGUUGACUGGGCUUUCUUGACAACAUGGGAAUCAAUGGGCUAUUAUUCCGCUGCGCUGUGGGCCGGUACUUGGGGAUAUGGUGGUUGGGAUAACGUCAACUUUGUCGCCGGUGAAAUGCGCAAUACGGCAAGAGAUCUGCCAAGAGCGAUGAAUUUGGCUUUACCAACUGUGAUAAGUUGCUUUCUUCUCACAAACCUGUGCUACUAUGUCAUCCUUCCGUGGGAUGUCAUCGGCGCAACAAAUACCAUUGCAGUGGCAGUAGGACUGAAGACCUUGGGCGCUGCCGGGGGUUUGAUGUUUGCAGUCUUGGUAUCCAUAGCCUGUGCUGGGUCGCUGAACGCAAACAUCUUUACAACCGGCAGACUCACAGCGUCCGCCGCAAACAAAGGCCACAUUCCAAGGUUCUGGGGAGUCCUAGGCUGGCGAUAUUCGUCGGAAGAGGGCACAUCCGCGACGCCCACGUAUGGCACUCUCGACAGUCCUCCAGAAUCCCUUCAAAAACCCCCAACAAAUGCUACCUGGAGAACUCCUCUCCGAGCAAUGAUCCUAAACUCCCUUCUAUGUUGCACAUACAUCCUCCUCGGAGACUUUAGCUCCCUCGUAACAUUCAUUGGGAUAACCGAAUACUCAUCCUAUCUAGCGACAAUAUCCGGCUUGAUUUAUCUGCGCUACACCCAACCCGAUCUGAGCAGGGCUUAUAGACCACCAAUGUGGACGCCGGUUUCGUUCCUUAUCGUUUGUUUCCUCCUGGUGCUUCGCGGGAUGAUAUUCGCGCCGGCCCAGACGGGGAUUCUGGCGGUGUAUAUCUCCCUAAUUAGCAUUUACUACAAGUAUUGGUGGAAGGGAAGGCAGGGGGUGAGGAUUUGAUCGGGUUUGUAAUAGUACAGUACAUAGAUAGUUACGGUAGACAGAAAUUGCCAUUAUUGUAUCUUUGGAUGCGGCGGGGGGGGGGGGGGGAAGUGAUGGGACUGCAUGUAAUAAUUAACACAUCCUUUUCUCUCCAUCA